GGGAUGUAUGAACUUGGUCAAAAAGAAUGUGUGGUGGGACAUUUGUUUCGAUACUAUUUUGUUGUACGAUCUGAUUCCUCCUGCUUCAGUGGUCUUUCUGAUGCUUGGUAUUUAUGCUUUAUUUACCGCGCCCUACGGACGUAAUACUUUCCUAUGAUUAAGGGGUGAGCAAUGGUUUGAUAUUUCGAAUAGCCGCUUGCACUACGAGGUUCAACUCUCUGCAUUCAAAAUAACUAUAGAUAUCUGGUCAGAUCCUUUGACUUAGCCGCUUUGGAGAUUAAUUCGCUACCAACAAUCCAAGCUGCUAUGUACGGGAAAGUUCUGAAGGAUGUGCCAUGAUCUAAUUUUGAUUGUUGAUAAUAGAUGGUGUUGUUGGCUAAGCGCGUUGUCAAAAUUAGCGGAAUGUAUGUAGUUGUUGUUACCAAUUCUGAUAGGGCAUCAUCAAUCUGGAACCAGUUGGAAACAAAAUAAUAAGGAUUGGUUGGCGGCUUUUGUGACAAAGGAUAGUUACCUUCUCCCCGCUCGCUUCGGUAAUAUGUACGGUGCAACUGCUAAUUUCUUUGUCAUUACCAGCACUACUCCCCGAAGCAUUAACCUCCCAGGAUGGCGCCAACGUUCAAUAGCAUACAAGCUCCUUCAUAAACACCCGUUACAUCAAUCAUCCACUCUUUCAGCUUCCCGGCCUUCCCCUUCAGUUCUGAUCAAAAUCGUUUGUAUAUCGGACACCCAUAACACACAACCUGAUGUCCCGCCAGGCGAUGUGUUAAUCCAUGCUGGGGAUCUCACAGAAAAUGGUUCUUUCGAUGAAAUCCAAUCACAAUUAAGUUGGCUAUCUUCACAACCACAUCAGCAUAAAGUCGUUGUGGCGGGGAAUCACGAUGUAUUACUGGAUGAGGGAUUUCUGGAAAAAUAUCCCGAGCGCAGAUAUGGAGAUUCCCGCACCCGCCGCGACCUGAACUGGGGCACGAUUCAUUACAUACAGAAUUCGUCGGUUACUCUUAACUUUGAACGUGGGUACGAAAAAAAUCCUGAUCACAGGCCCCAUCGAGCCGCUGAUGAGGGUGAUGAAUCUCUUCAAAAUCGAUCCACACCACCAGCAAUAAGAUCUCUCUCCGUAUACGGCAGCCCAUGGACACCACAAUACGGCGUAUCUGCAUUUCAACACGCUCGUGACGAGGAUGUCUGGACCGACAUCAUCCCAAUGAAUACAGACAUCGUUGUAGUCCACGGGCCACCGCGCCAUCAUCUCGAUACGCGCGAUUUUCACCGCGCUGGAUGCCCAUUACUAAGGGCUGAAAUAGCUCGUGUUAAGCCUUCCCUUGUGGUAUUUGGCCAUAUUCAUGUUGCAAAUGGACGAGAAAAAGAAGUUGUCCUUGACCGGACAAGGCGCAUAUAUGAGGGAGUUAUGAAUAACUGGGGUGGGUGGCCCUCUCUUGUUUGGAUGGCUUGCUGUGUCCUGUUCGCUAGGUUGAAACUGGUAUUCAUUGGCCAGGAGAAAAUGGCGAAUUCUGCGAGAACAGCCAUAUUCGUCAAUGCCUCUUCAGUGGAGGGUCCAGAGAAUCUACUGCUGAAUGACCCCAUUGUUGUGGAGUUAUGAUACCAGUUUGGAGGCGGUAGAAAUCAUAUUUUAUAUUACUUGCAUCUUAUUAUUCUCACUGGCAUAUAUUAGGCUCAUUUAAGGUUAAAAGGAACCAUGGGCCAAAAAGUAUAUGCUUAAAGCUUAAUCUUAUCUUCUAAAUAUUUGAGAGAGAAAAGAAUAAAAAAUGUUCUUCUGUUAUUAAAAGAUUCAAGCAAAAGCUGUUUCUUCACUGUUUCAUUAUAUAAAAAUAUAGUUUAUAACUGAUUAUUCCAUCAAUUACUUCUCCUGCAUUUUCUCUACAACAACCAAUGUCAUCUGUUUGUCAACCCUCAAAUUUCCGUGUAGCCCUUAGUAGCCGGUUCCAUGUUCGUCUUUUCUGUAUAAUUCACCGCUUCUCCCAGGAAAAUAAAGACGAGACCCACUGUAUCAAAGAGAUCGUCAAUAUCCAAUUCGUCAGGGACGAACUUAUCGCAAACCUCCUUUUCAAGAUGUCCAAUACGCUCAGUAUUCCCGGGGCCCGGAUUCAGCAAAGCAAAGCAUCCUGGAUCAGCGCCCAUGUAAGUGGGUUGAUUAGACUGGUUGUGUGCGUGUAAAUGCCUCCAGCAGGACGGCGGGGCACACUUUCUGCAUCUCAUUAUUGGUCACGCAGAUGUUGCGCUCGUCGCGCAUUAGGCUAGAAGCUUGAAGUCCGCUCAUGGGCUGCACAAUGUCAUCAAAAGCUGAGUAUAUGGUGGUGGUGGGGUGGGCACGUAUGUGGAGUCACCUCCGUUGGAACGCAAUACGUCAAGGAAUGUUGAUUUAGAGGCUUAUUGGGCGAAGGCUGGGGUACAGAAGAGGGCACGCUGCAGAGGAGGACAUAUGAACUCGGUGAGAAUGGUUUCGCCAAAGUCAGGGCUAACGGCAAUAAAAUCCUCAACGAUGUCUUGGGUGGAGGGCCAGUAUUUCAGUGACCAUUGAGUGUUUAUGCUGCCUUGUGGCCAGGUGAUGAUGGAUACGUUCUGCCCCUGGCAGAUGGCAGACACAUAAUUGAUUGAGUAGGCGACGUAUUCGGAAUUGAUUUGAAUGUCGCCACGAGAGACAUUAGGGAUAUUGAUCCAGAGAGGGUCAGCGUAUGUGGUGGCCGCCAAAAGCUCCAGGUACCCAAAGCAUCCAAUGAUUUGGCAGAAACCAAGCCACUGCCUGCUAAAUUGGCCGCCGAAUCAAUGCUAUUUUACCUGUCCUGCCCUCUGAGUUUUGCUUGGAUGACAUCAAAGUCUUUCUCAAUGGUAUCCACUGGAGCAGUGCCUGAUUAGGAUAUCUCCUUCUUUAAAUUGUUUAAUAGAUCCGCCAGUGGCUCUGCUCCACUAUCAGUAGAUGAAAACCUUUAUAGACGAAGAUAUGGUAGAGACCAUGUUCUCUAUAUUUGGGUGGGAAGAGUCAUCUGGUGCAAUGCCAGAAACUCCACCCGAAGCAGCAACUGACAGGCGAAGGCCUUCC